AUGCAACCAUUCAGGGUAUUCGCUCGAUGGAGAAAUCUGAGCGCAGAUGAAACCGAUCACGGAGAGAUCCAGCACGAAAUUACGCCAAACAAUUCAACGCUUUCAUCCAUGUCCAUCGCGACGCCCUCCCAAUCCAAGUCCCUUUCAAAUCGGGAUCAAUCAUGGAAGAGUCAGCCAUCCAUGACAGGAAUAUUUGAAGUCAACGACAACAACGAAACCGUCUUCAAUGCAGUAGUGGCUCCCAUUCUCCCAAGGGUCCUACAGGGCAAAUCAAGCAAUUUCUUCGCCUACGGCCAUUCAGGAAGCGGCAAGACUCACACUAUCAUCGGAUAUGACUAUGAGAAUACCGAAAAGCUGGGCCUCUGUCUAGCUUCUGCCCGCCACUUAAUGCAAGAACUUGCUCGCCUGAACGGAAAUGAUACAAGCGACCAAUUAGGUAUCGGAAUCCGCAUGUACGAGCUCAGAAAGAAUAGCGCCUUUGAUCUCCUGAAUGAUCGCUGUGAAUGCUUUGUCCGCGAGGGCUCAGACGGGCAGGUCUAUAUCCGAGGAAAGACGGAGAUGCUCGAGGAUGGUAAAGUCAGAGUGCGACCGAUUGUGACAAAGGCAUGCUGGAACUUUGAGGAUCUCUCUCGCGAACUGCAAAUUGGACUUCAGCUCCGCGCGACGGGGACGUCGACGGUCCAUGACCAGAGUUCACGGACUCAUGCGGUUAUUGAGCUGGAGAUUGUUACUAAGGAGCUACUUGAGGCGCGGGAUGCGAUUGUUGAACGACAGUCUGAGCUUGUGCCGGUGGGUAAAUAUGCGACGGAUGUCUAUUUGGAAGAGCAGAUUCGGGCUGUUGUGCUAGAUGAGCAGGGGAAAUACGUGCCGAAUCCGGAAUAUCAGGUUGAUCAGGAACACAUUGAUGCUGCAGAGGCUAGGAAAGCUGAGUUUGAAGCGAGAGUGAAAUCCGCUGAGGAGCAUGAGUCGGGUUUGUUCCAGAGUAUAUCGCGUCGCCAUGCUUGUUUGGGAGGAAAGCUUGUUUUUGUGGAUCUAGCUGGCUCCGAGUACUACGACGCAAAGAACGGAUCGAGGCCAAACCAGACACCUCAAGAGAAGCAGGAGGGGAGGCAGAUAAAUACUGAUCUCCUGGCUCUAAAAGAGGUGAUUCGUGCUCGGGCACAGAAUCUAGCUCGAGUCCCCUUUCGAUCAUCGCCUCUCACGAUGGUCUUGCGCCAGCAUUUCCAGGCGUCUUCUGAUACAGACUCUGCAAUGAUUUUGACCAUCUCGCCCUCGGCUAAGGAAUUCGCUGCUACAAUGAACACAUUAAAGUAUGGAAGUCUGGUGGGAGUUGCGGGUGAUAAGAAAUAG